UCAGGUCUGUGUGUGUGUGUGUGUGUGUGUGUGUGUGUGUGUGUGUGUCCACAGUCGCAAUCUUCUGUCCAGUUUACCCCCAUCGGUGUUUCAGCUUCCCCUCCUGCGAGUGCUCAUAGUGAGCAACAACAAGCUGUGUUCACUACCUGCCUCCAUAUACUCCCUCACACACCUCCGGCAGCUGGAUGUGAGCUGCAAUGAGCUGCAGUGUUUGCCAGCAGAGCUCGGACAGCUGGAGUCUCUGAGGGAUCUGAACCUGAGGAGGAACCAGCUCACCACUCUGCCUGAAGAAAUAUCCGAGCUCCCUCUGGUCCGGCUCGAUGUGUCCUGCAACCGCAUUUCCCAUGUGCCUCUGUGCUACCGCCACCUGCGGCACCUGCAGACCGUCCUGCUGGACAACAACCCGCUGCAGAUGCCCCCGGCGCAGAUCUGCUCCAAGGGAAAAUACCACAUCUUCAAGUAUCUCAACAUGGAGGCCUGCAAGAGAAACCAGGAGGAGCUGGAGAGACACCUGAGGCCCACCGGGUUCAACAGCUG